CAGAUAAAGAACAGCAAAGAGUUUUGUUAACGCUUUGUUCCAAUUCUCGGGAAAAUGAUUCGUAACUUCCUUUACGUGUAUCUCAACCUCGUUAUCUUCUCCUUUAUUUUGAUUUCUCAGAGCUUCGCAUUCACUCGUCCACUCGAAGUCUCGGCUCUACAGGAUUUAUACAGGGCCUUGAACUACUCAAAGGCGCUCCAAGGAUGGAAUGGUAGUGAUCCUUGUGAUGAGUCUUGGACAGGUGUUGCUUGUUCUGCGUCAUCAGUUAUACACCUAAAAGUUCAAGGGUUAAACCUCACUGGGAAUCUAUGCAGGCUCUAUAAUCUACGAAAUUUGAAGCAGCUUGAUGUCAGUUCUAAUAACAUAGUGGGCGAAAUACCAUUCGGUUUACCUCCCAAUGUUACACAUAUGAAUUUAAGCCACAAUUUCUUAAUUGGACCCAUUGGCGACGUAUUUACUGGCUUAGAUAAUCUCAAAGAAAUGGACCUUUCAAACAAUAAUUUCACGGGAGAUCUACCAAGAUCAUUUGGUUCCUUGACAAACCUUGCUAGAUUGUUCUUGCAGAAUAACAGAUUCACUGGAUCAGUCACCUACCUGGCCGAACUUCCACUUACAGAUUUGAACAUUCAAGAUAAUCUGUUUAGUGGCCUUCUUCCACAUCAUUUUCAGUUCAUAAAAAAUUUAUGGAUUGGUGGGAAUAAAUUCCACGGAGCGGACAACUCUCCACCAUGGACUUCUCCUUUGGAGACUUUAUCAGUUGAACAUAAUAUUAGUCGCCCACCCACAACUAAUGCAAAUGCCGUCAAGAACUAUCCUCCUCCCAAAGUAAGUGAGUACAAGCAUAAGAAGAAACACUUAGGUCCAGGAGGAAUUGCUUUUAUGGUUGGUGGAGGAAUACUAAUAGCUACGGGUGUGGCACUCCUUGUUGCAAUCCGUUUGAACAAAGUGCAUGCUCAAAGCCGGAACUUGAAUUACUCAGAAAACAAUGAUAGCUCUUUGCAUUCUCAUCCAACCAGUGCAAGCAUAGAGGUCUCUUCUGCCGAACUAGACGACAGGCCACUACUCCCACCUGUUAACGUUGCAUCUCUUUUGGGUCCAAUGCGAUUUCCUUUCCUACGGCAUAACGAUGUAGAGGAAGCAACAAGAAGAAGUUUUUCUAAAAGAGGAAAAUCCACUGGAAGGACGAACAUCUAUACCAUAGCGGAGCUUCAGUUGGCAACUAACUUCUUCAAUGAAGGCAACCUUCUGGGAGAAGGAUCUAUUAGCCCUGUUUACAAAGCUGAAUUUCCCGAUGGCAAAAUUUCGGCUGUGAAAAUCAUAAACAUGGCCGGUCUGUCUUAUGGAGAAGAGGAAAAGUUCUUGGAUGUCAUUUGCACGGUUUCCAAACUGAAGCACCCCAACAUCAUACCACUCAAUGGUUACUGUUUGGAGCAUGGAGAACAUCUUCUUGUUUAUGAUUACUUUGGGAAUUUAACUCUAAAUGAUGCUCUUCACAGUGAAGCAUGCGAACCACUAUCGUGGGUCCACCGUCUUCAGAUUGCUCUAAGUGUUGCUCAGGCUCUGGACUAUUUGCACUCAGCGUGCUGCCCUCCUGUGGCCCAUGGUAACUUGAAGUCUGCCAAUGUUUUAUUGGAUGAAAAGUUGAUGCCUCGUGUUUGUGACUGUAGCUUGGCUAUUUUGAAACCACUGAUGAAGAGCAAUCAAGUUAAAAUUCCAGCUACUGAGACUACUGUUGCAGAGAGAGGCUACGUUCCACCUGACCAUGGCCAAAUAGGAUUCAGCAGAAGGAGAGAUGUUUUUGCCUUUGGAGUAUUGCUUCUGGAAUUGUUAACAGGAAGAAAACCUUUCGACAGUGCCAGGCCAAGGGAUGAGCAAUAUCUUGCGAAAUGGGCGUCCCCCAGGCUUCGUGAUAGCGUGAGUUUGAAUCUGAUAGUGGAUCCCAGUAUGAAAACAACAUUUUCAUCCAAGGCUCUUUCUCGUUAUGCUGAUAUCAUCUCUCUCUGUAUACAGCCUUCAAAACAACUCCGUCCCCCAAUGUCUGAAGUUGUGAACUCUCUUGCAUCUUUUUCCCAAAAGUUCAACUUUGCAAAGAGUGGAGUAGCAAAUGGUACUGAAGUACCUCCUGAUCUAUUUGAAAAGUCUUUCCGUUCAGCCAACACACGCUUUAUAGCUUCGCCAACAACGAGCCAUUUAUCAGCCUGAUGUACAACAUCUGUGUGUAACAUAGAAGAAGCCAACUGGGUGACAUUAACGAACUAGAAGCCUGUUCUGGCAUUUUUUUUUCCCUGUAAAUAUUCAUCUGUGCAGACCUACUACAGGAGUUUACUUGUGUCGACUGUGGUAGGGAACGAAAACGAAUCCAUGAGCAUUUUGUAUAGUUUUUUUGGGUCGAAUGUGGAAGAUAGGAAUUUAGUUUCACCUCAAAUAAAUAAAUUUGACUUCUCUAUAAA